AUGGGCAGCAAGCUUAGAAUGCCGUCCGCGCUCGUGGUGCUAGCGGCUGCUUCGUGCUAUGGGAUGGCCACUAUCAGCCCUGUACGGCAACAGCUGCGACCGAGUCCUAGCCGAUUGUCGUCACAUCAUGGGACAACCUACGCGAUGCCGAUGGUCAUGGGGGUCGCGAAAAGCAAAGCCGACCACAGCGUCGGGCUAGGCGGCAUCAGCGGUCUUGCCAGGGAAGGGCUGCAGCAACGCCGGGGUGCGCCGCAUGGCGUGUGCGGGUCGUCGACGAGCUCGAGAUCGCCCCGGGAUUCUCUCAUGCGCAGGGAGGUGUUUUGGAACGGCCUGCUGGAAGCCGGGGAGAGCGGUCGCAAGAGCAAACGGAAGAGCAAGCCCAAGCGGCCGAACCCCCCGGGGUUUCCACGAGCGAGCACCCUGCUGAGACCCACUCUUGAAGGAAGGGAACACUUCCUGGACGUUUCUGUCGAAAAGUUCAAACCAAACAAACCGUCUUGGGGCCAAGCGUUCAGGUUUAAGCUCAAGCCGUUCGGUCGGCUUUCGUCCCGUACGAAGAUCGUCCAGAUCGAGCUCAAGGGCGAGCUGGGUCUCACCUCGCAGCCCCAGCUGUUCAAAGAGCCGGAGCUGACCUUGUUCGGCUUGGUGAAGACCCUCAAGACGGCCGCGCACGAUCCCCGCAUCAAGGCAGUCGUCAUCGACUUCGACGGGCCGGCGCUGAGCAUGGCCGCUACUAUGGAGGUCCGGCGAGCGAUGGACUACUUCACCCAGAGCGGGAAGCCGCUGUGGGGUUUCACCGAGAGCUCUGUGGACUUAACCCUGCUCUGCCUCAUGGGAGGCUGCACCCGGCGCAUCGCGACGGAGGAGGCGUAUUGCAACGUCAUCGGCUUUUCGUCGGAGGCUCAGUUCUUCCGAAAAGCGCUGGAAAACUUCGGUGUAGAGCCCGCCGUCAAGCGGAUCGGCGAGUUCAAGACCUUCGGGGACGCCUACUCGAGGGACUCGAUGAGCGCCGCCCAGCGCGAGGUGUCGACGAACCUGCUAGAGACGGUGAGCGGCUUCAAGACCGGCCUUCUCGCGAGGUCGUCGGGGAAGAGCGUGGCCGAGGUCGAGGCGCUCUACGACAACGACACUCCGUUGGACGUGAAGAUGUUGAAAGAGUUCGGGCUUCUCGACGACGUCUACUACCAGGACCAAAUGCUCAAGCUGCUCACUCGUGAGAUGGCCAGCAACAAGCGCAAGUUGAUGUCGAGGGCCAGGAGAGACGUGAAGAACGGGGGCAAGCUGAAGCUGGGAGUGCAGUCCCCCAAGAUGAUAGUUGAUGCACCGCUCUACCUCAAGAAAGUCCGGAAAAAUAAAGUGGAAGGUGUGCCUGGAGUGAAGGGAGACAGGACCAUCGCCGUUCUCAACGCCCAAGGAGCGAUCGUCAAUUCGGCUGCCCCAAGCCCCGGAGGCGCGAUCAACCUGGUAAUCUCAAACUUCAGGGACAUGGCGUCGACGAUUAUCGCCGACAAAAGCAUCGAUGGCGUGGUGGUUAGAGUCAGCUCCCCGGGGGGCGACGCCUCGGCGUCAGACCUGAUGUGGAGAGAGGUGCGGCGGCUGCGUGAGUCCGGCAAGGUGGUUGUGGCCUCCGUUGCCGACGUUGCGGCGAGCGGUGGCUACUACAUCGCCAUGGGCUGCGAGCGGAUCGUUUGCGACGAACUGAGCAUCACGGGCAGCAUAGGGGUUGUGUCGGCCCUGCUCAAGAUUGGGGAGCUUCUUGAGAAGAUCGGCAUCACGUCCGAGCUGAUCAGCAAGGGCAAGUACGCGGAGCUUUUCUCGGCUAGGAGCUUCACCGCCGAAGAGGACGCGUACUUCGGGAGGGGCGCCAUGGCGAGUUACAACGACUUUGUGGGCAAGGCCGCCAAGUCUCGCAGGAUGCCGCUGGAAGACAUGCAGCGCCGUGCGCAGGGGAGAGUUUGGACGGGGGCUGAGGCGAAAGAGUUGGGGCUCGUGGACGACCUCGGAGGGCUAGACAAGGCUAUCGAGAUAUGCCGAGACAUGGUCGACUUGAAAGCAAUGGCAACGAAAAAAAUGAAGGAGGCCAUCAAAGAAGAGAAGAAGCAGAAGAAAAAGGAGGCAAAGGAAAGCAAGAACACCGAACUGCCGAAAGACGAUAAGGAGGCGUCUUCGAGCGCAAUCGUUAAGGCCGACAAAGCUAAGGACGACGGCGAAGGAACGGGUGUGGCCGACUCGGAUAUUCUCUACUUGGACGAGGAGGUGCCCUUCGGUCCGCUAGGAACCUUCCCGGAAAAUUACUCGGACCUGCAGGCGAAGGUGGUGAAGGAGGCCGAGCGGGAGGUGCGGGCGGAAGCCGAGAAGAGAGAGAAGGACGGCAAGGAGAGGCUCACUCGGGUCAUCAACGUGCAGCCGUCGCCGGGAGGGUUUUUGGGGCAGCUUGGCUCUCUCUCCAGGGUCUCUGGAGGGUCGGGAUUGUUUGGUCUGGUCAAGACCGCGCCCGCUGACCCGGCGGGCGAUGCGCUGCUCAAGGGACUGGGAUCGUUACUGUCGCCAGAAGCCUCCAGGCCCAUGGCCGUCCUUGACGACAACAUCGCGAGGAUAGUCCCAGGCGUCAGCGGAGUCCCGGAAGAGCUGCGGAACCUUGGGGUGGGGCCUACGUUGUAUUCGGUGCUGCAAAGAUCUCCCGGGCUGUCCGAGGCACUUCUGGAGAUGGCCGGAAAAGUUGGGCUGUCGUCCCUGCUCGGAAAGUAAACACAUGCUCCAGCACUUACUGUCAAAGAACGAAAUAUUGUCUUUGGCCGGAGGCGGGGUAUCCUGUCCGCUCGGCUAGACGUGCGUUGCGGCGUUUUUUUUUUGUUUCCUAUCUCCAUCUCUCCGCUUCACCUAGUCGAGCGCUUUGAGCAAAUGCGUGACGUCUCUGUGUCGACUGCUGGAGCGGAAUUGAGGGGUGGCGAAAAUAGUUGGGCUCUCUUUCCACAGGCAGAUGGACGACAGCGCUUUCCCCCCUCGAGCGAGGAAUGAUGAUCGACCUGUGGUACCUUUUCUGAUUUUUGCACGGCGUCCUCGCAACUGUGUGGCUUGGUGUCUUCUGUAGCAUUAGCGAAAGGGAUUUUCUAAACGUCCGUGCGGGGUAUAGAGGUUUUGAAGAGCCUUGGUAUGGCCAAGAGAGGAAGACUGCCCCUCGUCAGUGAACAGCUUUUGGGGGGCAACGCUAAUAGAGAGACCGGGAAAAGGGAUAUACCCCAAAAUUGUUGUAAGCGGCACUCCCGUUGUUCAGGCACUCCCGUUGUUCAGGCUUUUUCGCCGCCCGCUGUUGUUGAUACGGUUCUGAUAGGUGGGCCGACAACCCGAACGCUCACAUUUGGCUGGUGUCGUGAAUGGUGCUGUCGGCAGGAUUUUCGCCCUAGAACGAUUAAUUAGAAGUAGAUUUCUCGCAGUUGGAUUCCGCGGCUUACUGACAACGUCGGCCUGUGAACUGAGGGCAAGAGAGGCGGGACUCCGAAUUUGGGCUUGGAAAGGGGAGGCAGGGGGAAGAAAUAAGGUUAUCCGUUUAGGGUCAACCGCAACUGAUCAUAUGCAAAGGGGUCCGUCCGGGUAGUUUGGCUUGGUACGGUUGUGGAUGGGGAGGACUGGCGGCGGUUGUAUGUUGCUUGCCUCAGUGAGUCACUACCACAGGUCACACAUUUCACCUGGA